AUGAUUGGUGGUGUUGUGUCCUACGGGCAACCAGUGCAGGUGAGGAGCCCCAUCUUUGCGAGGGUGGGGGAGUCCACCGAUCUGCCCUGUACCUACAGCACCAGCGCCACCGACGGGUUCACGCUGGAAUGGCGUUAUGCAGCACCUGGUACCCCAGCUAUCCAGGCUGAGAGGCUGCUGUAUUACAACGGGAACAUGUACUGGGUCGGAUCCGACGAGGACCGCAUGGCACUGGUCCAGAACCCCCCCGUCCAGGGCACCGCCACCCUCCGCAUCUCGAACCUCCAGCCGUCGGACACGGGGCUUUACAUCUGUGAUGUCACCAACCCCGACGACUGGUCCGGAAGUGGGCAGGGCCUGAUUAACCUGAGUGUGCUCGUGCCACCCUCUGUGCCCACAUGUAGACUGAAUGGGCAGGCUUAUGUAGGCAGUGAUGUCGUCCUCACAUGCCAGGCCUUAUACGGACUUCCUGUCCCCAUCUACUCCUGGAGCAGAGAGAAGAAUGCAGCCCCAAUCUCGCUGAACAACAUGGUGCAAGACCCGCGCACCGGGACCCUCCUCCUGCGCAACCUGUCUGCCCCUUUCACAGGAAAAUACACCUGCACAGCCUCCAACGCCCUGGGGUCCGCCACCUGCACUGUGACCAUCAGGGUUCUCAUCUUUGGUGCCACUCUGAUCAUCGGUGGCGCCGUGAUGGGCACCUUCAUCGUCAUCCUCCUCAUUGCUGCGGUGCUCACUUACUUCAUCUGGUGCAAAAAGAGGAGAACCAAACAGGCCCAGGAGAAGAGUGAGAUGAGGGAGGAGAGCAAGCCUCCGUCUUACCGCUCCUCCAGACGGACCCCCGAGAACGCCCCCCUCAGACGUGGGGCGUCCCGGCAGGAGCACCCCGAGCUCCGCCCCUCACAGUUCAGCUUUGUGGUGUAG